UCAUCAUUCAUUUAUCAAAGAAAAGAAAAAAUUUGUGUUUAAUUUUGCUUACUACAAAAGAUGAUGAAAGCAAGACCUUGUCUAUUUUGUUUACUCUUUCUUGUGGUUGUAACCUUAGCUUUGGGUACGAAAGACUCGGACCUAAAGCGAUGCAAGCACCAGUGCAAGGCCUUACAGCAAAUCGGUGAGCAUCAAAGGAAAGAAUGUUAUGAAAUGUGUGACAAAUAUCACAGUGAGAAACAACGUGACGAAGAAGAAGAACCUUCGUCUUUUCUUCCCUAUGGAGGAAGAGAGGAGGAGGAAGAAGAAUAUGGAGAACAAGAGAAGGAAAAUAAUCCUUUUGUAUUUGAGGACCAGCAUUUUAUUACUGGAAUCAAGACACAACAUGGCAGAGUUCGAGUUCUUCCAAAGUUCACUGAGAGGUCUAAGCUAUUUAAGGGCAUUGAGAAUUACCGUUUCGCAAUUCUUGAAGCAAAUCCACAGACCUUUGUUGUCCCUAACCAUUGGGAUGCUGACACUGUCUUGUUUGUUGCUCAAGGGAGAGGAACCUUGAACUUGGUGCGUAGGGGCAAGAGGAACAGCUUCAAUAUUCGGCCUGGGGAUGUAAUCAGGGUUUAUGCUGGAACUACUGCUUACUUGAUGAACAGGGACAAUAAUGAAAAUCUUGUCAUAGCCAAGCUUCUCCGCCCAGUCUACACACCUGGCCAAUUUGAGCACUUCUUUGGACCAGGUGGGCGAGAAAAUCCAGAAUCUUUUUACGGUGCCUUUAGCUCUGAAAUACUUGAAGCUGCACUCAAUACUAGGAGGGAUAGACUACAGAGGCUGCUCGGGCAGGAGAGGGAAGGAGUGAUUAUAAGAGCUUCAGAAGAGCAAAUCAGGCAAAUGAGCCAGCACGAAGAAGGUGGAAUUUGGCCUUUUGGUGGAGAAUCAAAGGGCUCAGUCAACAUUUUCAAGCAACGGCCGUCGCAAUCCAACCAGUAUGGACAAUUCCAUGAAGUGGAUGAAAGCCACUACAGGCAGCUAGAGGACCUCGAUAUUUCUCUUUCUUUCGGUAACAUCACUGAGGGUGGCAUGUUAGGUCCAAUAUACAGCUCAAGGGCAACAAAGAUAGCAGUGGUGGUUGAUGGUGAAGGUUACUUUGAGAUGGCAUGCCCUCACUUGGCGUCCAAGUCGGGUAGACGCCAACGCCAAGGAAGCGAAAGGGAAAGGGAAACGAGAAUUGGCUUAGGUUACCAAAAGGUGCGUUCGAGUUUGAGACGUGGGAUGGUACUGAUCAUCCCUGCUGGCCAUCCGUUCGCCGCAGUAGCUUCCACCAAUCAGAACUUGCAAAUCUUUUGCUUCAACGUCAACGCCCGCGACAAUGAAGUUGUCCCUCUUGCAGGGAGGAACAAUGUAGUGAGUCUACUGGAGAGGGAAGCAAUGGAGUUGGGAUUUGGGUUACCAGCAAGAGAAGUGGAGCAAAUAUUCAGGAGCCAACAGGAGGAGUUCUUCUUCCAGGGACCUGGUGGUCGGCAGCAACGAGAGGAGCGGGAGCUUGGCCGAGCCGAUGCAUGAACGGUGGGCUGUGGCUGAUCCGCCUUCAAUGCGGGUUCAUGUUGGCUAAAAGAGAUGGAGACUACUGUGUUGUAGUUUUUGCACUGGUCAUGUUGCUACUACUACCUAUCCUGUAAAUUGGUGAAUAAGGGGGUGGUUGUAAAUGUAGGGUAGUGGCUAGGUAGGUGCCGCUAAUAAGGCUUACCAACUUUAUGUGGAAAUCGUAGUUGGGAUGUGGUCUGAGGGAAUGUAAAAUUAUGAAGACGAAAGCUCUAACAUGAAUAAAUCAACUUUGGCGGUUUUAAUGUU